ACACGUUUGCUAUAUCAUUAUUCAGUAGGCUAUAUCUAUUCAUGUCAGGUUAAAGACUAAAAUGACUUGUAUUGAUAGUUUAGUUUGUUAGCUAGCUGGCUGACGUAAAUCGAAAACGCGCGGCAAUGUUUGUUGACGAGGAAAAUAUUCUGACAGAAACGUUAAAACGGGGAACUCAAAAUACCAGACAGACUGCGUCGAAGCAGCUGAGUUUUUUCUCAUGCAGGUGCUGACUGCUGAUGGUUUUUAAGUGGCAGCAGCGUACGUUAGCGGGAGGGGCCACAGUUCGAGACCACAUCGGAAACGCUGUCACGGUUGCCACGGGAGACCACAGAUCGAGAGGACCACUGGAGCGGCCGGAUCCUUCCGGAACGCGAGGCUCGCAAUCCCAACGGCAAAACGCCACGCAAGGCAGCCACGGUCUGAACAGCCACCCAAAGUUGAGAGACUAUUGUAUAACAUAACAUAACAUUACAUAAUUCAGCCCAGCAAUGCUCGCCUUUUCCUACCACUGAAGUGUACCUUCUGCUCAGUUUGCCUAAAAGCUAAAUGGUAUCAAGCCUCGUCUUCUGCCGGUGUGCUUCUGCCUCCACUAUACACCCCCCCGACCCCACCCCCCCAUACCCCAAGAGUGGCUGUGCGUUUGGGCCACCCGCAAAAUGGAGUGCACCGUAAAAUCCAGGGACGUCAAAAUGGAGGCUGAGGACUGGGGUGAGUUUGGCGGUGACGGCGCGGUGCCGGAGGCGGGCGGGCGGGCGCUCCGGGGGGCCCAGCCGGGCUGCUCCGCGGCGCUGAGGCGGGAGAGGGCCGCGAGCCGGAAGGCGCCCCAGGGAGAGGAGUCCGCCGCGCGGGGGAAAGCGCACACGUGCAGCGAGUGCGAUAAGAGGUUCACGCGGCUGGGAAACCUGCGGGCGCACCGCCGGCUGCACACCGCGGAUAAUAAGCCUUACCGCUGCGGCGAGUGCCACAAACGUUUCAGCCAUCGCGGGAACCUGAAAAGCCACCAGCGCGUUCACACGGGGGAGAAACCCUACCGCUGCCCGGACUGCGGACGGCACUUCAGUAACCUGUCACGCAUGAAAGAACACCGGACAAUACACACCGGGGAAAAACCGCACACUUGCUCUCAGUGCGGUAGGAGUUUCAGGCUGUCCACGAUGUUGAGAGUGCACCAGCGCAUACACACCGGGGAGAAACCGUACUGCUGCAGCGACUGUGGCCAGCGCUUCAAGCAGUCGAUAACUCUGAAGCAGCACUGGCGGAUUCACUCGGGAGAGAAACCGCUCUCUUGCAAGGAGUGCGGGAAGUGUUUCAGACAAUCUGGAAGCUUACAAAACCACCAGGCAACUCACAAGGCGGAGAAACCGCACUCUUGCGCGGACUGCGGGAAAGGCUUUAGCCGUGCCUGCAGCUUGAAGGAACACAGACGAGUGCACACGGGGGAGAAACCGUACUUUUGUUCCGAGUGUGGAAACGGCUACAGCCACUUGGUGGACCUGAAGCACCAUCAGCGAAUGCACGCGGGAGAGAAACCAUACUCUUGAUCUUGCCUGCGGGAAGAGCUUCAGAGUGUCAAAGAAAUGCAGGCAACAUCAGCGCAUCCACUCCGGGGAGAAACCGUACUCUUGCAGCGCUUCCACGGCCGAAAGGCAAAGAAGAAGUGGAUUUUCAAGAGUGAUAAAUGACACCGGGCACGGCUCAGUUUGAGUAAAGUCUGGAUUCACCAUUUUAGAUCCUCUGAAAGAGCAUCAGCUCUGUCCCUGCUGGCAUUGGGGCUUGAGGCGUGGAGCUCCGGUUUUUUGGCCUGAUUCAUGUUCCGGUUUCUGGUGACCUUGACUGCCGUGUCUGUUUACGGGUUAAUGCAUCGGGGUUAUGCACCAAUACAGCAAUUCAUUUCUGCCUCAAACUCAGUUUCAACACGGUUUUGUCAACUUUGUUUGGGUUAGAAAGCCAGGGCUGAUCCAAAGCGUUUUAGUGAUCCCCAUGUAUACAACGGCAAUUCAUUUUCAGUUUUUAGAAUAGGACCAAUCUAAAAUAUCGUCAUCAUCAUCAUCAUCAUCAUCAUCAUCAUCAUAAUCAUCACUGUCCUGAUUUAGUUUUUUUACACAAAUAUUUGUUAGUUUGUAGCAUUCAGUUCUGUUUAGUCUAAUACACUGAGGUGUCCUAAUUUGACACAGGACCACUGUCCUGAGGUUAAAGCCACUGUGCACAGCCCUGUGUAUUCUCUGUGCAAGGCUGUGUGGAGCACAGUCUAACUGCCCCCAGGUCAGAACACACUGUAUUUACACGUGUGUAGCACAGCUCUUCUGCUCGAGGGUCUGCGGACGGAGCUUUCGGCUGCCGGAGCCCAUGAAGGAGCAUGAAGGAGAGAGACCACACCGUUGCGCAGAGUGUGGGAAGGCCUUCAGAGGAGCGAGGAGUCUGAGGAAACAUCAGCAAGCGCACGCCAAGCACACGCCAAGCGCACGCCUCGUUCAGGCCACUAGCUCGGCUCAGAAGCAGUGAGGACCCUAUUUGCAGUCGAGUUACCGUGGCGUGUGUGUUCACAGCCUUACAGACCUUAUUUCUGUUCACUGUUUGCCUGUCUGCUGGUUUCUGCCGAUAUCUAUGCAGCUGUGAAUGCACUUUUCUGUUCAGUUGGAUUGCUUGGUUGCUGGUAAGACUAAUGUGAAUUAGUGUAAAUAUUUUGUCAACAUUGGUGAAAAUGUUGUUUUUCCAUUUUUAAAUGACAAACACUUUAAUUUGCUUUCAUCUUUAUUGGGGUUCCAAAGAUCCAAGUCUGGUUCAGACGCACCUCCAGUCUGUGUCGUCCAGAACAAUUUGACUCUCGCAAUUCGCUGCUUUAAUCUUUCAGUAUCUCUGACGGGUGUCGGGUGAGCCGAUCUCCAUGGACUUCAGCAGACUGCCCACCCAUCCGCUGCCCUGCUUGUGAAACGCUGUUCUUUUCCAUUAAGUUUUGCACAGUCGUUCAUCUGUGCUUGCUGACACACAUUUUCAAUGGCAUAUUAUUGUGUUGUUCGCUCACGUUGUGUUGAAGCACACAUUUUGCAGGUCUUUAUUGUUCAAGUGUAAAAUUAAGUCCCAUAGAGUCAUGACCCAAGAUAUAUCACAAAGGCCAACAAUGGCUUACAGGUACAAUGGGUAAUUUCGGACUUCUAACGGUCAAGAGAGGAAUAGCAGCAACAAACACCCUCAAACCACAGCACUGUUCAUCCCUCCCCCUUCUCUGUGAAUGGGCGGCCUGUAGCGUAGUGGUUCAGGUACAGGACUGGGACCCGCAAGGUCGGUGGUGCGAUUCCCGGUGUGGCCACAAUAAGAUCCGCACAGCCGUUGGGCCCUUGAGCAAGGCCCUUAACCCUGCAUUGCUCCAGGGGAGGAUUGUCCCCUGCUUAGUCUAAUCAACUGUACAUCACUCUGGAUAAGAAUGUAUGCCAAUAAUGUAAUGUAAUGAAUGCGCUGACAUUAAAACGCCAUUGGCUGUGGCAACUGGAACCAA